AUGAACUCUUUCAGAGGUAGGAAACCCUUUCAGACACAGCAGAUAUAAAGCAAAUGUCCGUCAGAGUAACACUCAAACCUGUCCCUCUGUCUUUCAGGCCCUUGUCCUCACAUGAGCGUUCCUGUGGAGACGGAUGAACACAUGAUGUCCUCCGGUCUGGAUCAAGCCUUUGCCUUGGCUUGCAGACAGUGCAGAGAAGAUCCAAAGACCAUUAACAAACCAGAGGAGCACGACUGUGAGGAGGACCAGAGGCUGGGGCCUGUUGUCAGCCUGCAGCGACUACCUGAGAGGCAGUUCCUCCCUUCACGCUUCAUCCCUCCUGCACAUCCAGCACACAUGAAACCCUCUACCCCUGCAGGGGUGUGGCCUGGUGGUCUUAGAGACCCAGCGGCUCUAUAUGAACAGGAUUUUGGGAUGGGAGGCUUUUCAGACCAGCCUCGGGUUUGCUCUCUGGAUGAGGUGGAAAGCCUGGAGCCCCCUCUGACGCUCAUCUCUGAUGCUAACCACGCUCACUACAACCAAAUGGGAUACCCUGCAGUGCGAAUGACCGGUCAGUGUCAGCAUUACUCAUCGCUGGUUCACUCAUUACAUUUACAUAGAUUAACAUGGUUGCAAGUUGAAAUAUCAAACUCAGAAAGUGUGUUGACUUUUCACUGCAAAAGUUUGUGAAAAAGAAAAAACAAAGAAUUAGUUUUGCUGGUGAGUUCACCUUAUUUCCCAAUGACAGCUGACAUACAAGCAGAUGUCCAACUUCCAUUGGCACAUGGGCUUACAGAGGUUAGCUGUGUCUGCAGACAAAUGCUCAUGGAAGUUCUGGAAAUUGCUGACAUACUGUCUUGUGGUAUUUAUCGUAUGAGCCAAAAUGAUGAGCCACCGGUUUGUUUGGAUCUGCUUAAUACUGUUUAGAUGAAUGUUUGAGAGGAAACUCACUGUGCUUUAUCUCUAUACUGCUGCAGGGUAGAAUAAAUGCAUCUCACGUUAAUUGGCAAGUCCAUAUAUAUUAAGAAAAGAGGACACUCAAUAUGCAUGCACACGAUGUUCUUCUGUAGUGUCUCUCAACAUUUGGCUCGAUAACCAUGCUUCCUCUGACAGUAUCAUAACAUCUUUACAAGAUUAAGUUUUUAAAAGUUUCCUCCCUAACCUGUUCAGCGUCAUUCUGCAGCUGCCCUGAGUUGCAGUCUGCAGGAUUCGACACGGAGACUUCAUGUCUUCUCCUCCAUGUCUCUCUGCAGGUCCCAGUCCACUCCAAAAGAGGUGUGCAUGCUGCCCUCCACCCAGUCAGCCCCUUCAGAAUCCUAAUAUUUUUUAUAAUAAACGCCAUUACACAGCGGAGCCAGGCCAGCACCAUCAACCAUCAGGGUUAGAAAGAGAGAGAUUUCUUUUCUUACUAACAACACAAUCUCAUUUUUGUGUGGUAAUUUUUUCACCUCUUUAAUUUAUGUCCCUUCACAGGAAUCGACCUAACACAGAGCAAGAGUUUAAACAUGCUCCAAACCCCGCUCUUGGAUCUGGGCUGAUGUGUGCCGCCCCUUCCAGAGAUGUGAUGCACGAAGUCAGCGUGGAUCGCUCUGUCCAGCCUUGUCCAGGUCCAAACACAAGAGAGAUCAAGAGGGUCAUCAGUCUACCUGAGGAGAGCCGUAAGUCAGAAGACCUUUUUAUUUCUUUUAAAAGUCUAAAUGACUAUCAGUGCACUGGUACUAUUACUUGUCAAAGUUAUGCAUCACUGCUGUCAAACAGGAUAACUUUAGUACUUACAAAGAACAGUAACACAUUAGAGUACUGUCACUCUCAAAUGAAAACCCUUUUACUCCAUAUGCAUGUGAGUUAUAUUCUGUAGAUGCCAUGCAGCAUGCUGUGAGGGUUAAAACUAUAACUCCAGAGCAUAGACUGAAUAUACUAUGGACAACCUGGUUCCGCCUUCCGCCUGUAUACGGAUUUGGAGCCAAAAAGCUCUCUGUAAUUCCGGGUUUUUCUCCACUCUCUUGAAAUCACAGCUGCGCAGUAGCGAUGCGCGCAUUCGGCCGCGCCGUCGCCGAGAGUCCCUGUGAUGACGCUCGGCUCAAACAGCGAAUCCCCCCGGGUGAGCUACGCAAUCCCUGAACGCCCAUAGGCUGUAUCAGGUGUCAAUCAUAGAAAACAUGAACCCCCUAAUAACUUUUAAAAACGGAGCUUCACAGAAAAAAAGGACUUGGGCACAAACCAGUCUUACAAUAACUACAUGUCAACAUCACAAGCAGGGGGGAGAAAAAAAAUUUGUUCUGUGUAAUAAAUUUCUAAAGUUUGUCCACAGUCCCAUAAACUUUGCUGGGGCGGGAUUUAUGACCUGUACUGCAGCCCACCAUCAGAGGAUGCUGUUCUCGGAGUGGCUUCACCCAGCGAGGAGGCAGACUCUGUCCAUCUUAUAUACAGUCUAUGCUCCAGAGAUAUUACAGGAUGUUGACCAUUUAUAACUGUGACGGACUGACAGUGAACCGUGAAGAGGCAUGCAGUGUUACGCAGCUGUUUUAAUGAAAACAUAGCAAAACAAUCUCUUCACAGUGAACACAUUAACAAGGUCUUUAUAAAAGCCCAUUUGCUCAAAUAACAGUCACGUUAAUCCUAGGGCUGUCAGAUAAUAUUUCACAUUCAAAAGUAUGUUGGAUUAUUUAAAAAAAAAGUCACUCACAUUUAAGAAUUAAUAUUUAAACAUUCAAAAUAGAAAAAAAAAAUAACACUUCUAUGUGGCUUUCUGUCACCCCAGCUCUGUUUUGUGCAUGAUUUAAAAUAAUUGAAUUUUAAUCAGUCAGAUUUUUCUAUAAAAGCCUCUGAAAUGUUGAACAUCCUACCAACCAAAAUAAAUUAAUACUAGAGAUAGAGAUUUUUAACAAAAGUGGUUCAGAGUGGUUGACGCAAAUUCAUAGAUGGAAGCAUUUAUAACAACUCUGUGAUGUUCUGAUGUUGUUGUAAUUUUAUUUGACCUUAAUUCAAUCUUAAUACUUAUCCUUCAGUCAAUUUUACUAUUUUCAAAACAUUUUUUUCUUCACUUUAUUUUAUGUUGCCUGAAUUAACUUUCGUUUUAAUUAACCAAAAUUGUAAACAUCAGUCACUGUACGAUUUUUUUGAACAGUUGGAGGUUGUACUGUGUAAUUUGAAUUCUCCUGAUCAAAUAAACUAAAUCAAUACAUUUAAAAAACACACACAAAAAGACUCUCUGAGAAUUCUCUGUUGUAAUAUCUUGGACUUUAUCACAGAGUACAAAAGUGUACAUGUCCAGAGAUUUGUAUGCCUAUAGUUUUUAAGAUUUCUUCACAAACAUAGAGAUCUACAAACUAUACCUUAGCCGUUAACUCGGACCCUUUAGCUAUGAACCUUACACCUGAUCGCUCAAUUUAACAGACACGCUGCUAGCUACAGAAAAACAGACUUUAAUAUGAUACUGCAGCAGCCUUCACUGCCUGUUUCUCAAGCCAUGGAGCUAUGCCAAAACUUUAUACAUCUGUUGUUAAUAAUACAUGUCUAGAAAUAUAAGAAUGAACCUCUUUAAAAGUCUACAGGUGCAGAAAAUGAUCUGAUUGCUCUGGCUUUCCUUUCACAGGGAAUGUUUUCAUUACAUACUCUGUGGAUGUGGCUGAAGAUAUGUUUCCUUUUGUCAAAUUUCUGACCGACCAGGGCUUCAAACCUGCAGUAAGUCCAGAUGAUUCUCCAUCAUCGUAUUUCUCAGUGACUCCACCUUUCUAUCACUCUAAUUAUGCCUGUCUCUGACCAGAUUGACAUUUUUGAUGACCCGAUACAGAGGAUGUCCAUCACCAAGUGGAUGGACAGAUAUCUAAACGAUGUGAGUCUGACUUUGUAGAGAAUUAACCAACAUGAAACAUUUAGUCUGUUUACUCCUGGUAAGCUGAUGAAAGGAUGUCAUAAACAGAAAUCAGUGCUCAUCAUUGUGGUCAUCAGCCAAAAGUACAGAGAGGACGUGGAGGGGAGUGGAGACGAUGAUCAUGGCCUGCACACCAAGUACAUCCACAACCAGGUGGGUACUCACAAUUGUUAGAACAAGGACAUCUGAAAUGCUGCCCCUCUCUGGUGGGCUCCUGUACUCACACUCCCUCCUCCUGCAUAUCAUAAGGAAGAGGAGGAUGAGAUGUCUUGUUGGAUUCGAAAACAGGUCAUUUCUUCAACCAGCUGUCGCCUUGUCAGAGGUGCUGCAGCUGCCAGCUGGAAACCGUCGCCAUAAAGACAGGGAAAAGCUGUGUUCCUGUGAACACUGUAGUUUACUUUCAAAUUAUGCAUCAAAACACAAAGAAAUAUCCAUCUUUUAUUUAUGAUCCUCAGUGUGACUUGGUGACUGUCAGUAAGAUAUAUACAGAUAGUAUCAACCAUUGGCUGUCAGUCAGGGCAGGACUGGGACAAAAUAUCAGCCCUGACAUUAGUUGAACAUCUUGAUCAUAUACAUUAAGUGAACCUCAACACUCUUUUUUUUUUUACAAUUUAACUCUUAAAGAAACAAACACAAGAAAGCAGGGAAAAUUAAUUACUUAUAAUUAUAUAAUUUUCAAAAACCCAUUUUGAUUGCUACUAAUUCAAAUUAGCUAAUACAGCAUUAAUAAUCAUCAACAAUCAGAAUCAGAAUACUUGAUUUAUCCCAGUUGGAACAUUAGGUAACUGCAGUAUUACACCUUCUCUUAAAAAAUCCAAAACUAAUAGGAGAAUAGAAGUAGGGACGAAAUGAGAAUAAAUAAGAAAUUAUGCGUUUUUUGUAAAACACAGAGUAUUAGAAAUAAAGCUAUUGACAAAGCACAGAUUGUUUAAGAAGUAAGCUAUGCAAAAGCACAGAGUAGGAAGUGUAUACAAAGCUGGUUUGCAGAAUUGCAAUGCAGGAUAUUGCACAGAGUAUAUUACAUUUUAACAGAUUAUUGCACAGUGCAGCUUGAUAAACAAUGUAUUAGGAUUGCACUCUUAGAUUAUUGAAGUUUUGACCAGUGUAAAAACAGAUUGCACUGUUGAAUUUUGUAUUAUGAUACAUUAUAUUAUAUUUUUGUUUAUUUUUUUCUCCGAAAUAUUAUUUUUCUUCUCCAGAUACACAAGAAAUGGAAUUUAGAGUUGAUAAUAACUGGAAACGAUUAGCGUAACCAGAAUCAGAAUCUGAACCAGAGCUGGAACUGGAGUGGAUAAAAGUAAAAAGGUGUUUUUAAUCCAAGUUUAUAGUGAGCUGCUCUAACCUGUUGUCCCUGUUGACACAGAUCCAAAAUGAAUUCAUCCGACAGGGCUGUUUGAAUUUCAGACUGGUACCAGUGCUGUUCCCAAAUGCAACCAAGGUGAGUCAAGGAAAACAAGUCCUCUCUGCUUUUUUUGACAAUGUUGUGGGACAGGGAUUGCACUGCUGCAGGAACAUUUUUCUAAACAAAAACAGUGUAUAAAAAGGAGAGGAUAAAAUUUUGGAAAAAAGAAAAGGUGUUAACUAUGAAGUGAGCUCUAAAUGAUUCAGAAUGAAUAAAGGCUUUAGGGUCGUCCAAACACAAUUUAAAUGAAUAUCUGGCUGUGCCCAUGUUUCAGCAACAUGUCCCAAACUGGCUUCAGUGCACCAGGAUCUACCGCUGGCCUCGGGACACCACAGACCUGCUGCUGCGUCUGCUCCGAGAAGAGCGAUACAUCAUCCCACAGAAGGGCGCUGACCUCACCCUCACUGUCAGGCCCCUCUGAGACCAACAGGAUGAGACACAAGAUACAGUCAGGUUCUAGUAUCUCUAUCUUUAUCUGUCUCUUGUGUUUCAAAUGCCUGACAAGGACUCUUAUUAAAGUAGAUUGUAAACUCUUUUUCAGAGAAAGAGGUUUUUUUUUUCUAAUCUCUAUGAAGAAAAUUGUCCCAUCUCAGUGCUUAUUGAUGACCUCUGUGUAAUCAUUUAUUGGUGUACAGUCAAGCCUAAACCAGAAUAUUUUGAUACUUCAAAAUUAUUUGUAAUAAAUAAAGUAAAAAUAAAUGAUGUAAAAAAAUAAAAGAAAAUCAAAGAAGCAUUAUUUUACUCUUUUUGAUGGCGGGGGCAGAACGAAGUCUAUAGGCAAACUGGCGUUAAUCAAUGUUUUAGUAGUUCAGAUUUGUUGGCAGCUAAAAGGCCUCAUGGGAGAGAGGUGAAACAUCUUCAAGAACCUCAAAAAAGUCCAGUUGCCCUUUAAACAAAAACUGGAUAACUGUGACCUGGAUGAACGAGAACCUUUACAGACUCUUUGUGAAGGCUGUGACUGACCAGAAGGUGGCAGCAUAUCCCAAAUAAUGAUACUUUUAAAACACAUAAAAGUAACUUUUUUUUAUUUCCAUUCAAUGUUAAGGGAAUCACAGCAUGUUUUCAAGCAGCUUUAGAAUGAAAUCCUGUUCAAGUAAUCAGCUAAGAAGACUUAUUUGUUUGGAGUUAUAGGGAAGGGGGCCUCUUAUAGGGUCAUGAGAGUGUGAUUGUGAUAGCAGAGGCACUGAGCGUCUUACAACAGGAACACUGACCAUAUAUUAAACCCUCACCUAAAUCAUCACUUAGCACAGUCUGGUUCUCUUCUGUCUGCCUGUUCACCAAACCUGACAGCAGAGUGAUUUUCAGUGAUCAGGGGGUCACGCGGAGGUGUCUAGGCUGUUAUCAGCUCCUGCAUGAGAGUGCUGCAAACACACACCCAAUAAAUCCCCUGUUUGUUAUUGUUCCUGGACAGGCUGUACUUCAUUCAGUGUUAUCUGGUGAGUCACAGAAACCAGUUGCAGAGCCCCCAUCCCCAAGCAAGCAGGCCUGAAACCCUCAUAUUUUAUCCACCCUUCUGGGAAAUACACAACUCACUCCCAAC